AGCAAAAUGUUUUAGAAGCCCAAGCCAAACAACAGGAACAAUUUGCUAAACGGAAAUCAAAAGGGGUCAAAGUUUUUCAGUUUUCCAUUGGUGACCUUGUUCUUCGAAAAGUUAUGAAGAAUGUGGGACGGAAGGGUGGAAAGUUAGAUGCUCUGUAGACUGGCCCUUAUAGAAUUGUUGAUAUUGAUGAUCAUCAGAGGAUAGCUUUAGAGUACCCUGAGACUGGGCAACUCUUAAAGGUGAAGGUGCCAUAUGAACAGGUCCGCCCACACAAAUCUAGCCACCUUCACGAACCACAAACAGUGGAUUCUUCUGCAACUUUUUCUUUGGACGAUGCAAUUGCCCUUCAAGCUAAGGGUGUUCCUCAAAAUGAGGGUUCAGAGCAGAAGAAAAAAAGAGCACAGAGCAACUACACAAACUGCAGAUGUCAUUGUGGUGUCACAAACUGAAGCAAAGAAGAGAAAGAUUGGACACAUGGCCAUCAGCAAGUAUGCACUCCUGAAGAAAGAAGUUUCCUCUCUUAUCAAUAGUGUGAAGUCUGAAGGAACCUGGUUGGCUGAUGAACAUAUCGACCAUGCCCAAGCAAUGCUUGCAAAGCAGUUCAAGGAGAUAGGGGGUUGCCAAUCUGUGUGUGUUUUUGAAGCAGACGGAUGUCAGUUUGUUGGAACACCAGACCGAAACUUCAUUCAGAUCAUGAACAUAGCAGGUAAUCACUGGAUUACUGUCAGUAAUAUUGGCUGUGACAAAGACGCAGUGGUCAUUCACGAUUCACUGUAUGGAAACAUCGAUGCUUCAGUGAAGGAGAAAUUUGUAAAGCAAAUGGCAUACAUGAUAGCCCCAACAUCUAAAGAAAUGGCUUUGGAGUGGGCUGAUAUUCAGAAGCAAGUGGGAGGCUCAGACUGUGGACUGUUCACUAUUGCUGUAGCAACUAGUUUGUGUUGCGGUGUGCUGCCUCAAGAAUGUUUUUGGGACCAGACUCGCAUGCGCAAACACCUUUGUGACUGCUUUGAUAAAGGAGUAAUGUUUGAGUUUCCCAAGACAUCACAAAGGAUGUCGUCACAAAGAGAGGAUUCAAAUUGUCUGCCAUUGCAAACAGCCAUGUUUUGGGAACCAGUUGAUGGUACAAUGUGACAAGUGUCAUGAACAGUUCCAUUGUGAAAGUGAAACAGUUCAUCAAGUUGUUGGAAAAAAUGAUCCUUUCGUCUGCCAAACUGUGUAAUUUUAUUUUGAUUCUAGUGGUAAUAGUGUUAGAAGAUUAUAUUUUAGUGAAGAUGGGGUGGCACUGUGCUUUGGGGUAGUUUAGUGAUUUGAUUGUGUCUAACUGUCUAUAACAGAAAAAUUGAGGUGAUUCAUUAUAUAUUUCCAAA